AUGCCCCAGGCGGCCGCUCUUGGCACCCUGGUGCUACUGUUGCUGCUACCGCUGCCCCGCGGUGCUGAAGUGACUGGGGACCACUCGAAUGUCGCCUUGGACUACGGAGCCUUUGAAGGCGAGGAGGGCACGGAGCAGCAGCUGCAUUACCACGACCCCUGCAAAGCUGCUGUCUUCUGGGGAGAUAUUGCCUUGGAUGAGGAUGAUCUCAAGUUAUUUCACAUCGACAAGGCUGAAGACUGGACCAAGACACCCAUGGAAAAAAUGGGACACGACACUGGUGGCCUUGAGGAGACAUCUGUAAUGUGGCCAAACGAUACAGCUUCUAAUACCAGCAUCCAGGUGCCAAGAAAGGAUGGCAAGGAUGGCACCCCAUUUCUGCCUGGCCCUGGGACCUCAAACACCACCACAGCGAAGACCUUCUCUGCUCGGGUCAGAAGAGCUACAACAUCAAGGGCAGAGCGGAUCUGGCCUGGAGGGGUCAUUCCUUAUGUCAUCGGAGGGAACUUUACUGGCACCCAGAGGGCCAUUUUCAAACAGGCCAUGAGGCACUGGGAGAAGCACACCUGUGUGACCUUCGUAGAGAGGACAGAUGAGGAAAGCUUCAUUGUCUUCAGUUACAGGACCUGUGGUUGUUGUUCCUACGUGGGACGCCGAGGAGGUGGCCCACAGGCUAUAUCCAUCGGGAAAAACUGUGACAAGUUUGGCAUUGUGGCUCACGAACUGGGCCAUGUGGUUGGGUUCUGGCAUGAACACACUCGGCCAGACAGAGACCAGCAUGUCACCAUCAUCAGAGAAAACAUCCAGCCAGGUCAGGAGUAUAAUUUCUUAAAAAUGGAAGCUGGCGAGGUGAGCUCUCUGGGAGAGACCUACGACUUCGACAGCAUCAUGCACUAUGCCCGGAACACCUUCUCAAGAGGAGUUUUCUUAGACACCAUCCUCCCCCGUCGUGACGACAAUGGCGUCAGGCCAACCAUUGGCCAACGCGUGCGGCUCAGUCAGGGAGAUAUAGCUCAAGCCAGGAAGCUGUACAAAUGCCCAGCGUGUGGGGAGACACUACAGGACACAACAGGAAACUUUUCGGCACCUGGUUUCCCAAAUGGCUACCCCUCCUAUUCCCACUGUGUUUGGAGGAUCUCUGUCACCCCAGGGGAAAAGAUCAUCCUAAAUUUCACCUCCAUGGAUUUGUUUAAGAGCCGCCUGUGCUGGUAUGAUUACGUGGAAAUCCGGGAUGGUUACUGGAGAAAGGCCCCCCUGUUGGGGAGGUUUUGUGGCGAUAAGAUACCUGAGCCCCUUGUCUCCUCAGACAGCCGACUCUGGGUGGAGUUCCGUAGCAGCAGCAGCAUCGUGGGCAAGGGCUUUUUUGCUGUAUAUGAAGCCAUGUGUGGGGGAGACAUAACCAAAGAUGCAGGCCAGAUUCAAUCUCCCAACUACCCUGACGACUACAGGCCUUCCAAGGAGUGUGUGUGGAGGAUCACGGUGUCGGACGGGUUUCACGUGGGGCUUACCUUCCAGUCCUUUGAGAUCGAAAGGCAUGACAGUUGUGCAUAUGACUAUUUGGAAAUCCGAGAUGGUCCCACAGAGGAGAGCACCCUGAUUGGCCACUUCUGUGGCUAUGAGAAGCCAGAGGCCGUGAAAUCCAGUGCCAACCGACUGUGGGUGAAGUUUGUGUCCGAUGGCUCCAUCAAUAAAGCUGGCUUUGCAGCCAAUUUCUUCAAGGAGGUGGAUGAGUGCUCCUGGCCAGACCAUGGUGGGUGUGAGCAGCGCUGUGUAAACACACUCGGCAGCUACACGUGUGCCUGUGACCCUGGCUACGAGCUGGCUGCCGACAAGAAGACAUGUGAAGUGGCCUGUGGUGGAUUCAUUACCAAGCUGAAUGGCACCAUCACCAGCCCUGGAUGGCCGAAGGAGUACCCCACAAACAAGAACUGUGUCUGGCAGGUGGUGGCCCCCAUGCAGUACCGCAUCUCCCUGCAGUUCGAAGCCUUUGAGCUGGAAGGCAAUGACGUCUGUAAGUAUGACUUCGUAGAGGUGCGCAGCGGCCUGUCCCCAGAUGCCAAGCUUCAUGGCAAGUUCUGUGGCUCUGAGACCCCGGAGGUCAUCACAUCACAGAGCAACAACAUGCGCGUGGAGUUCAAGUCUGACAACACCGUCUCGAAGCGAGGCUUCAGAGCUCACUUCUUCUCAGACAAAGACGAGUGUGCCAAAGACAAUGGCGGCUGCCAGCAGGAGUGUAUCAACACGUUUGGGAGCUACCUGUGCAGAUGCAGGAACGGGUACCGGCUGCACGAGAACGGACACGACUGUAAAGAGGCUGGCUGUGCAUACAGGAUCAGCAAUGCAGAGGGGACCCUGAGGAGCCCCAACUGGCCUGACAAAUAUCCCAGCCGGAAGGAGUGUACCUGGAACAUUUCAUCAACCGCGGGCCACAGGGUGAAAAUUACAUUUAGUGAAUUUGAGAUUGAGCAGCAUCAGGAAUGUGCCUACGACCACCUGGAACUGUACGACGGGACGGACAGCUUGGCCCCCAUCCUCGGCCGCUUCUGUGGCAGCAGGAAGCCAGAUCCCGUGGUGGCUACAGGCAGCAGCCUGUUCCUCAGGUUUUAUUCAGAUGCCUCAGUGCAGAGGAAAGGCUUCCAGGCUGUGCACAGCACAGAGUGUGGGGGCAGGCUGAAGGCCGAAGUACAGACCAAAGAGCUCUAUUCCCAUGCCCAGUUUGGGGACAACAACUACCCGAGCCAGGCCCGCUGUGACUGGGUGAUAGUGGCAGAAGACGGUUAUGGCGUGGAGCUGGUAUUCCGGACCUUUGAAGUCGAGGAGGAAGCUGACUGUGGCUAUGAUUUCAUGGAGGCCUACGAUGGGUACGACAGCUCGGCACCCAGGCUCGGCAGAUUCUGUGGUUCAGGGCCGUUAGAGGAAAUCUACUCUGCAGGAGACUCACUGAUGAUUCGCUUCCACACGGAUGACACCAUCAACAAGAAAGGCUUUCACGCCCGAUAUACCAGCACCAAGUUCCAAGAUGCCUUGCACAUGAGGAAGUAGCACCUUGGUUCUGGAAAGAUAGGGAGACUAAGGAUGUUUCAAACACUUGUGAAUGAGCAGCCCCCAGUGUACAGUGUUUUUCUCCACAACAAAAACUCAAACUACAUUCUUGAAACUAUGUAUCUGGGUGAC